GCAGCUGCAUGCGCUGGUCACACUUUAGUUGUUUGAUAAUCGAGUUGCGAAGCGGAGACGUUCAGUGAACGAAAUUCCUCUGCAGCAGCGUAGUUAAGUGCAAGAGAGAGAGAGAGCGAGAGAUAGCCAUAAAUCUACAGGUGGCUGGAAAACGUAGUCAAAGUAAUAGAGAGUGAGAGUAAGAGGGGGCGCGCGAGCAAUGAGAGCUACAACACCCUUCCCCGCACCACAUCGUAAAACCCAAACAGCGACAAGAAUGAUGAUAAAGAUGUCCUCGCUCCUUGUCGCCCUAUUGGCCAUCAUUGUCCUGAGCACGAGUGUCGAGGCACAAACACAAUCGCAGGCACAAUCACUGCAAACACCCGCCAAAUUGGAACAGAAUCCUUGCGUAAACAAAGCCACCUGCCGUGACUGCAUACAGACCCAGAGCUGUGGCUGGUGCAUGAAGCCCGACUAUGGUGAUCGGCCACGUUGUUUUCUGCACUCGCCAAAGGCUAGCGUAUGCCCCGAGGCAUUUAUCUGGAAUCCGGAUACAUCGGAGCGCAUACUCGUCAACAAGGAACUGACGCUGGCCAGCAGUGGUGCUGCCUGGUCGGCUGGUGGUGGUCAAAUGGCAUCCGGCGGCUCAUACGAGAGCAGCGCCUCCCGUCAAAGCUCUGCCUCUGGCUCGUACAGCGCCUCUGGCUCUAGCUACGCCUACGGUUCAAGCUCCGGCUCCGGCUCGAGCUCAGGUAUGAGCGCCAGUUCAGGCUCCGCAAGCGCCUCCAGUUCCGCAGCAGCCGCCGCCGCCGCUGCCUCUGGCCAAAUUGUGCAAAUCAAACCACAACGCGUUAGCCUCAAACUACGUGUCAACGAAGUACACAAUUUGCAAUUCAGCUAUUCACAAGCACAAGACUAUCCCGUUGAUCUUUACUAUUUGAUGGACUUGUCCAAGUCCAUGGAGGAUGACAAGGAGAAACUCUCGGCACUCGGCGAUAAAUUGUCCGAGACCAUGAAGCGCAUUACAUCGAACUUCCGUUUGGGCUUCGGCUCAUUUGUGGACAAGGUGCUCAUGCCCUAUGUCUCAACCAUACCCAAGAACCUGGAGGAGCCAUGUCCCAAAUGCGAUGCUCCCUAUGGCUAUCGUAACAUCAUGGGCUUGAGCACGGACACAUAUAGAUUCUCUAACGAGGUUAAGCAGGCGGCUGUUUCUGGUAAUUUGGAUGCGCCCGAGGGCGGCUUCGAUGCCAUCAUGCAGGCCAUUGCCUGUCGCCAACAGGUUGGCUGGCGUGAGCAGGCGCGUCGCUUGCUUGUCUUCUCCACGGAUGCCGGCUUCCAUUAUGCCGGCGAUGGCAAACUGGGCGGCGUCAUUACGCCCAACGAUGGAGAGUGCCAUUUGAGUAGCCAGGGCUUGUAUACGCACUCGAUUAUACAGGAUUAUCCAAGCAUAUCUCAGAUCAACCAGAAGGUCAAACAGAAUGCCAUCAAUAUUAUCUUUGCGGUAACGCAAAACCAAUAUUCGGUCUAUCAGAAGCUCUCCUCACACAUUGAGGGCUCGUCCAGCGCCAUUCUGUCAAAUGAUUCAUCCAAUGUGGUGGAUUUGGUGCGCGAGGAGUACAACAAAAUCUCUUCAUCGGUGGAAAUGAAAGAUAAUGCCAUGAAUGAUGUAAAGAUCACCUAUUACUCAUCCUGUCUAACCAAUGGACCCAUGAUCAAGACAAACAAGUGCAGCGGACUCAAGGUGGGCGACAAGGUGACAUUUUCGGCCAAAAUUACGGUUACCAAGUGCCCGGAAAAUCCACGCGACUGGAAGCAGGUGAUCAACAUCUAUCCGGUGGGCAUCAAUGAGAGCAUGGUCGUUGAUCUCGAAAUGCUCUGCUCCUGCCCCUGCGAGCAUCCCGGCUCCACUGGCUACGAGGAGCACUCGAAGCACUGCAACAACUAUGGCACCUACCGUUGCGGCAUCUGUGAGUGCGACAAGAUGCACUUCGGCAACACCUGCGAGUGCUCCACGGCGGAUGUGCAUCUGGGCAAGAUCAAUGAUGCCACCUGCCGCGAGGGCAACAACACUAACGUGGCCGAGUGCAAUGGACGCGGCAAUUGCAUUUGCGGCGAGUGCGACUGUCACAAGCGCCAGAAUCCCGAGGAGAUCAUAUCGGGCAAAUACUGUGAGUGCGAGAACUUCAGCUGUGAGCGCAACAAGAAUCUGCUCUGCUCGGGCCCCGAUCACGGCACCUGCGAGUGCAACCGCUGCAUCUGUAAGCCCGGCUGGUCAGGCAGCAGCUGCGACUGCCAGACGUCCAAGGACACCUGCAUGCCGCCCAAUGGCGGUGAACUGUGCUCCGGCCACGGCACCUGCGAGUGCGGUGUCUGCAAGUGCAAAUCGACCGACGAGGGUCGCUACUCGGGCAAAUAUUGCGACAAGUGUCCCACCUGCUCGGGCCGUUGCCAUGAGCUCAAGGAUUGCGUGCAGUGUCAAAUGUAUCACACGGGCGAGCUGAAGAACGGCGACGAUUGCGCCAAGAACUGCACGACCUUUGUGCCCGUGGGCGUGGAGAAGGUCAAUCCCGAUGAGCACAAGGAUGAGCAGCUGUGCGUGUUCUUCGACGAGGACGACUGCAAGUUUAAGUUCAAAUAUAGCGAAGUGGGCGAACUAAUUGUGCACGCACAGGAGGAGAAGGAGUGUCCACCCAAAGUCUUCAUGCUGGGCAUUGUGCUGGGCGUCAUUGCAGCCAUUGUGCUCAUCGGCUUGGCCAUCUUGCUGCUCUGGAAGCUGCUGACCACCAUACACGAUCGUCGAGAGUUCGCACGCUUCGAGAAGGAGCGCAUGAACGCCAAGUGGGAUACGGGCGAGAAUCCAAUCUACAAGCAGGCGACCUCCACCUUUAAGAAUCCCAUCUACGCGGGCAAAUAAAUUGCAGCGGAAUGGGAAAUACUUAGCUAAAUUCUCUGUGCUUUGAUACCAUCCAUAACAACCACCAAAACAUCUCUAACUAACCCGUCUCUUUUGGUCCUUGCCCUUGAACAGCUGUGCGCGUCCAGAGUUGCCCCUUCAAAGAAAAUGAAAGUAAAAAACAACAAAACAAAUGCUUGAACAAAAACAAAAAUGUCAACUGCCAUUGAAACGCGUUCGACUCUAAGUCAAAUUUUAUACAAUACAUUUACAUAUGUAUGUAUGUAUUUAACUAUAUACACAAUUUAUACAUGUGUGUGUGGAAUGCUUUUUACUCUAUAUACCAUUUAAAACAUUGUAUACCAAGCAAAAUGAAUUGUGCCUUGCAUUAUAUAUUAGACUUUUAUAUGUAUGUACAACCAAACAAACAAAAAAAGUAGUAGCUUCCAUUCAUAAGCAGCCAAAUUACAACAGCAAGAGCAACAACAGCAACAACAACAACAACAACGCACAUCAAUCAAACAAACAAAACAAAUCGAUUUACAUAAACUAAAAAGAAAUUUCUAAGAUAAAAGAGAACACCAAAAUUUGUGCCUCUGUUACUUACAACUAAACUAACUACGAACGAUUUUUAUAUAAACAAAAACAAAAAGAAACUAAAAACUAAAACAUAUUCUAUUCGUUUGUGUUUCUACCAACACUUUUAAUUUUGUUAAAACAUUUUUUUUAUUUGAUUUUCUGCGCAGCGCUUAUUCAUUUUAUAUUUAUAUAAUUGUCAACGCAAUAUACCAAUUAAUUUAUUAGCUUAACUUUGCAAAAUACUGAAUUUAUGCCAUUUUUAUAAGAGUAAACCACAAAAGCAAAAGAAACAAAACAAUUUAGUUUUCAAAUUGUUUUUUCACGGUAUUUCGCGCUUUUUGUUUAAU